AUGAAUGCUGAAUUAAAGUCCGCUUUAGAUAAAAUUACAAAGGAAUUCGAGGUUGAUGAAGCGUUCCUCCGCAAGGCCACGAAACAUUUCCUAGUUUCAAUGGAUGCGGGGUUGGCUAACGGCACACCAACAAGAUCGUUUAUGCCUAUGAUUCCAACUUAUGUGACUUCAAUUCCAACUGGUAAAGAAAAAGGGCUUUACCUUGCAGCUGAUUUAGGUGGUACAAAUUUCCGUGUGUGUUCAAUUAAUUUGAAGGGUGAUCACACUUUCGACUUGAAGCAAUCGAAGUUUCCUAUUCCUUUGGAAUUGAUGCAAGGAUCAAGUUCGGACGCCCUCUUCUCUUUUUUGGCCUUGAAAGUUAAAAACUUUUUGGAAGAGCACCAUGAUGAUUUGGACGAAUCAACCAAAUUGAAAUUGGGAUUUACGUUCUCAUUUCCUGUUGAGCAAACUGCUCUUGACCGUGGAAGCUUAAUUCGGUGGACAAAAGGUUUCAAUUUACCGGAUUGUGUGGGCCGGGAUGUUGUAGAGUUCUUCCAAAAGCAUCUUGAUAUGCAAAGUGUUCCUGUAAACAUAGUUGCGCUAGCAAAUGAUACUGUUGGAACUUUAUUGUCGAGAUCCUACUCAAAUGAUUCAGAGAAGAGUAAUUCGCACACAAUUAUUGGCUGUAUCUUUGGAACCGGUACAAAUGGGGCUUACUUUGAAAAGCUUUCAAUGAUUCCUAAGCUUGGUGGCACUGUCUUGCCAAAAGGGACUCAGGGAAUGGUGAUUAAUACGGAAUGGGGCUCAUUCGAUAACUCGUUGGAGGUUUUGCCUCGUACAAAGUAUGAUGAUAUUGUUGAUCGCGAGACAUCCAAUGUUGGCUAUCAUCUAUUUGAAAAACGAAUCAGCGGAAUGUUCUUAGGUGAGUUGUUGAGAGUCACACUUAUGGAUUUGUUUGACCAAGGGCUAAUCUUUACCGACCUAUACAAGGCAAGAAAUAAUACUCUUCCACAUAGGUUAACCGAACCUUUUUUGCUUUCGUCAGAGGUUUUGUCAUACUUGCAAAUUGAUGAUUCGACUGAUCUUAAGAUGUCUGAACUUAUUCUAGAGAACCAUUUGAGAUUACCCACCACUAAGGAAGAAAGGCAAAUAAUUCAAGAAUUGACUCAGGCUAUAUCCAACAGGGCUGCAUAUCUCUCUGCCAUUCCUAUUGCAGCAAUUACUUUGAGAGUUAAAGAUCAAUAUGAACAUGAUGAUAAGGACUUCGAAGUUGGCUGCGAUGGAUCAAUUGUUGAGUUUUAUCCUGGUUUCCGUGCAAAAAUUUUGGAAGCCUUCAAUCUCAUCAAUCCUUUGAAAGGACUGUCCAAAAAGUUGCAUUUGAGUAUUGCUAAAGAUGGAAGUGGAGUAGGUGCUGCUCUUUGUGCUUCUACGACUUGA